AACAAUGUUUGUUUACCAAAAAAUUCUUCAUGAAACAAGUCAUAGUAUCAUACUCACAGUCAAAUUUCUACCGGCUUCCCCAAAACCUUAGCCAACUCUAAGGUCUUGCUCCAUAUCUGCAUCUCCAAAGAAAAAAGCUCCGCAACAAAAAAUGGCCCACUCAUUUGUGUCGCUACAGUCAUCUUCAACAACUCCAACACUCAAUACGUCCAUUUUCGACCGCCAUUUUUCUUCUCGCUCUCCUGACUCUCUAUUUCUCUCGCUUCCUUUAAAGCCUAUUUCUACCAGGUUUUUAAAAGCGAAUGUAUCCGACAAAAAUCGUCGAAUUUCAACUGUGAAGGCUUUGCAUUCUGAUGGAUUGGAAACUCCUCGAACAAAUGAACGCUCUGGAAUUUGGUCCAUUAGAGAUGAUUUGUUGGUUCCGUCAUCUCCAUAUUUUCCUACUUAUGCUCAAGGACAAGGACCUCCUCCUAUGGUUGCUGAAAGGUUCCAAAGUGUGAUUACUCAGUUAUUUCAAUAUAGAAUUAUUCGAUGCGGUGGUGCCGUUGAUGAUGAUAUGGCCAAUAUAAUAGUUGCUCAACUUCUAUACCUGGAUGCUGUUGAUCCAACGAAGGAUAUUGUGAUGUACGUGAAUUCCCCUGGAGGAUCUGUUACAGCUGGUAUGGCAAUAUUUGACACGAUGAGGCACAUCCGACCUGAUGUCUCCACUGUAUGUGUUGGACUUGCGGCAAGUAUGGGGGCGUUUCUUCUAAGUGCUGGCACUAAAGGAAAAAGGUACAGCUUGCCUAAUUCAAGGAUUAUGAUCCAUCAGCCUCUUGGUGGUGCACAAGGUGGUCAAACCGACAUAGACAUCCAGGCAAAUGAAAUGCUGCACCACAAGGCAAAUCUCAACGGGUACCUGGCAUACCACACUGGUCAAAGCUUAGAAAAAAUCAACCAAGAUACUGAUCGUGACUUCUUUAUGAGUGCUAAAGAAGCUAAAGAAUAUGGACUCAUUGAUGGUGUCAUCAUGAAUCCUUUGAAAGCGCUGCAACCACUUGCUGCCGCAACGGCUGAUCAAGCAUCGUGAUACGAAAGUUGAUUGUUCUUGUGUUAGUUUUAGAAACAUACUGCUCUGGAGUCAACUGUGAUUAGAAUUUUGAACUGCAAUCCCUAGUAUCAUCUAACCCGAAAAAUAUAUAAGACAGACGAGGAAAUGACUGCUAAAUGACUGUAUUGGUCUGUGGAAAGAUGCAUGACAUGCAUCUAAUCUUGAGAUUUCAAAAUAUUCAUCUACCCUUCAUAUAUGAUGAGAAAUGAUGAUAUAAAUUGAAUUUUAGGUCUUUCUUGUAAUUUGGACGAAGUUUGUUUGUAAGAACAGGUUUUUCUGUUGCAAUCAGAAAAUGGAAGUUUAUCCAGAUUUUUUUUGCA